AUGGUUGGUAUUCCUUGGGAAUUGAAGUGCCCAAAUGUCAUUGGUGUGAAAUUGACCGGGUCAUUGAGCGGAUGGACUUCAGCAAAAGAUGUAAUUCUUAAGGUGGCCGGUAUUCUAACGGUUAAAGGUGGUACUGGUGCAAUAGUCGAAUAUUUUGGACCUGGUGUUGAAUCUUUAUCUUGCACUGGCAUGGCUACUAUUUGUAACAUGGGCGCAGAAAUCGGCGCAACUACCUCCAUUUUUCCAUUUAACAAACGUAUGGUUAGCUAUUUGCAUGCCACAAAUCGCAAAGCCAUUGCAGAUCAUGCAGAAUCUUUUGCUCACGUUUUACGUGCGGAUGAAGGCGCAGA